UGUCACUUCAGACAGUUCUCCCUCUUCCUUCAUUUUCUCUCUCCUCUUUCACCUCUUUCUCGUGUCAACCAUGCUGUUUUCUGUAACUGUUUAUUUCUCUUAAAAUCUUGAAACUUCCUACAAAAAUGUCAAUUGUUUUCUUCAAAGAUGAAAUCUUUUUCACUCUCUGAUUUUUUGGGUUUUUUUUUCAAAAAUUCAAUUUCUUAAUUUUCCAUGGUUCUUUGAGCUUUUCUCUCGGUACUUUGAAUUUAAGAUAAUAAAAAAAGGAUAAAUUAAAUGCAGAGAUCAACAACCUCAAUCAAAUUCACAUGCAUCCUUAAAAAUUGAUUAAUUUGUCGACCCUUCAUUUCUCCAGUUACUCCAUUUUUUUUUUGUUAAUUAUAAAAUUCUCUCUCAUUUUUCUUCCACCACUCCCAAUUUAAUUCAAAUAAAAAAACCCACUGAAUUAUUUUGAUUUAAUUGAAUUGGGUUUUGUCUUUGUUAUAAAAAAUGGGUUCAAUUUCUGAGGGACCCACAUCUUCUUCUUCAUCUUCAAGCUCAAAUGGCAGGGAAAUUGAUCCAUUGUUAAGGGAUUUGAGUGAGAAAAAGCAAAACUUUAAGCGAAACGUGGUGUCGUUGGCGGCGGAGUUGAAGGAGGUUCGAACUCGUUUGGCAGUGAAGGAGCAAUCUUAUGUUAAAGAAACCCUAACAAGGCAGGAAGCCGAGGCGAAGGCGAAGGGGAUGGAAGAAGAGGUGUAUAGAUUACAUAAAAGUUUAGAGGAAAGAAAUAAACAAUUACAGGCAUCAGCUUCAUAUGCUGAAAAGCAGUACCUUAAAGAUCUGGAUGAUCUUAGAACUCAGCUCACAAUUACUCGAGCUACAGCAGAUGCAAGUGCUGCCUCAGCUCAAUCAGCCCAACUGCAGUGUUUGACUUUGCUGAAGGACCUUGAUGAAAAGAAUAAUUCAAUAAAGGAACACGAAGAUCGUGUUAAGAGGCUGGCAGAGCAGUUAGAUAAACUGCAGAAUGAUCUUCAAGUGAGGGAGUCUUCACAGAAGCAAUUGAAAGACGAAGUCCUGAGAGUUGAGCAUGAUAUCAUGAAAGCCAUGGCAGAAUCUGGCUUUAACAUGGACUGUGAACUGAGGAAAAUAUUAGAUGAGGUUUCCCCCAAAAAUUUUGAGAAUAUGAACAAGCUUUUGUCAGCAAAGGAUGAUGAAAUUGCCAAACUAAGGGAUGAGCUAAGGAUUCUGUCUGCCCAUUAUAAGCUAAAGGUCAAGGAUCUGGAGACACAGAUGGAGAAACAUCGAAAGGCUGAUCAAGAGCUGAAGAAGCGAGUUCUGAAAUUAGAGUUCUGUCUCCAGGAUGCUCGUUCUCAAACAAGAAAACUUCAGAGGGCGGGGGAUCGAAGGGACAAGGCUAUAAAAGAAUUAAGGGAUCAAUUAGCUAUGAAGCAACAAGCUGCGGUGAAGAGUGAUGAGAAGCAGAAUAAUUUCUGGGAAAGUUCCAACUUCAAGAUUUUGGUUUCCAUGUCAAUGUUGGUCUUGGUGGUCUUCUCAAGGCGGUAAAUUAUCGCUGUUAGUAAGUACAGUUUGUAGAAUGCAAGGGAAUCUUAUCUUAGGAAUCCAUCUUUAGGGUAUUAGGAAGAACUGCAGAGGCUCAGUGUCUAUAAAAAAAAAAAGAGCCUCUUUUUUGCCCCCAUUAUACAGUUAGUACAUCGGCAGAGAGCAUCGUUUUGAUGUCUCUAUAAGUAGAAUAUUCCAGAGCUGGAACAUGUGAUAUGACCACAUGAAUGUAUAAUUUAGGAUUAUAUAUUAGCAUAUAUAUUAGAGGGAAAAUCAAUAUCAUGAGCUCGAUUAUGUCUUCAAUUAUUGCCUUAAUAUUCUGCUAUUAUUUCGGAAUCUCUCUCUGCUGCCUGCUGGACUGUUGUUGAGAAGAGAACAAAGAAACUUCAUGAUCAGUCAACUAAGUUUGGUAUGAAAA